UUUACAACAAAAUGAAAAGAUGAUUUCAAUAUUUGAUAAAGUUUUAAACUUUGAAUCAAAAACAUACAGUGAAAUAUUAGUAGAAUGUGCUUCAGCUAAUAUAUCCACAGAUGAUUUAUUACCUAAAAAUAUUUGCAUUCAAUGCUCAAUUAACACGGAACAAAGUUACAAACUUAAAAUUCAAUGUUUAACAUCUGAAAAAACAUUACAUAGGGCUAUCGAAAAUUUACCAAUCAAAAGGGAAGAAGAAUCCUUGGAUAACGAAGUUAAUAUUAAUGAUAAUUAUUAUAUGGGCAUGAAUGAAAAGAAUGUUUGUAAAGUAGAAGCUUUUCCCAUUAUAGAUGAACAACAAGUUGAUAAAACUAAUGAAACGUUCAAUACAGAAGAUCUAUUAACAAACUAUCAAUGUGAAUAUUGUUCGGAAAGUUUUUCGCAUGUUAUCGAAUUAUAUAUUCACAAUAAAAAUGUACAUUUAAAUUCAACAAUACAAUGUCCAUUUUGUAAAAAGAUAUUUUCUAGAACUCAUACACUUAAAAUACAUUGUAAGGAGUUUAAUCGUUGUAAUGUAUGCGGAGAAAUCUGCGGAUGCAGGAUUAAUUUAUAUAAACAUAGAAAAAUUCAUCAAACAUGUGAAAUAUGUGGUAAAAAUUCUAGUGAUACUCAUGACUGUGCCACAUAUAAAAGAGAGAUGGCCAAAAAAGCAGCAGAAAGGAAGAGAAAGCAGAAAGAAAAGCUAAAAGCCAGUGGAUUAUUUGAAGAAUUUAAAAAGAAAGAAUCAGAAAACAGAAAACGACUACGACAUUUAUUAAAACAAACAGCAUCCAACGAUACGCGUCAAGCUUUAAGAAAAAAGAAAGCAGAAGAGAUGAGACGAUACAGAGAGAAGCUUAAAGAAAAAAAAAAUUCGAAUCCGCUCACACACCUGCCAUUUGACAAUCCUGUUAAGGAAGAACCUAUCUACCGAUUUUAAUUAGAAUCUUUUUACAGGCCAUUUGUUAAUUAAUUAUAUGUAUUUCAUUAAAUUAUAUUAUUCUACGGCUUUUUAUUAGAAAACUUAAUAAUAACGAGUGUAAAUUCUAUGUUGUAAACUAACUGAUGGCCCAAACAUUUACGUAGAGUCAUCUGGAGUAAGGAACCUUCUUAGAACUAAAUAUAGUAAAAAUUUCUCAGAGA